AUGUCGCCGACAUCUGUGUGUUCCAUUGACGCCGAUUUCAUCGACAGCGGCGUGGUCGGCCGUGGCAUUCUUAUCGCCCAAUGGGCACAGUUAGCGGUCAUAUUUACAUUCGCCGUACUCGGAACGUUCCACACGCAGGUGACGGGGGUAAAGGAGGUUGGUGCUGGUCUUACGGUAAUCCAUAUUUCACUGGCGAUUGCUCUACUUAGCCAUUUCAAAGGCCUCGACCAUCCAAAGACCAGUACCAUACUCGGGGCCAUGGUCCUCGAUUCUCAAAACAGCGCGACCCUGAUACAGAUGGUCACAAAAGAGACUCUGGCGUCUAGAUUUCAGGUCUUUGUUGUAAUACCGUGCCAAGUCUUGGGUUUGGUAGUUGAGGCUAUUCUCGUUCGCCACUUUCAUCACCACUUCCGCAACACCUGGUCCGGGCCCGAGUAUGGUAAAUGUUAUUGCGUCAUGGUAACUUGGCGGGGUAGACUCAGCAGCUGCAGGGGCACAACUCCAAAGCUGUUGUCAGACGAGAUGACCAUCUUCUGGAUAUACUUCUCCUGCAGAGUUGUGGCCUUCAUACAGAGCAGCUACCAUGCGCUUAAGGACACAUCCAAAUUUCAUUACGCAGAGAUCAAAAGCAGAGAGAAGAAGUUCAAGAAAAAUCUCAGAAGAAAGGAGAUUGGUUUCAUGGACGGUAACUCAGCACCUACAAUUCAUCCCGAACCGCAACGGCAGGCGAACCAGAGUGAUGCUCCCAAACACUCGACCUUCCUGGGUUGGGCAAGACGACGCGAGAAGAAGCAGAAUGCAGAUUACGACGAAUACCCAACGACACUGUCUCUUGUUUACUUUAUCAAUAGCGUCUUUUCUGUGGCGUCCAUGGCCGCAGUCAAGACUGCUAUCAAAAAGGAGAAUGACAUUGGAUAUUUAAAAAAGCCAAAUUGGUCUACUGGGCAGGUGAUCGCGGUCGUGGUCGCAGCGUACACUAUUGUUAGGGGUAUUUGGCACUUCAUUCGGAUUUUUCUGAAGACGGACGGCUUUAGAUGCACUUGGCUUUCCAUGGUUCCACAACUCGAACCACCUGUAGAAAACAAAAGCUGGAAAAGGAUCUCGAGACACAUCUCGAAAGAAACCGCGAAAAGGUCCAUGUAA